GAGUCUCCUCGGACGGCGGUCGAAAACCUGACGAAACGAAACAAAAUGCGCUUUUCACUGCUGAUCUUUGCCGUUAUGGGCAGCGUCGCUCUUGCAGGUGAUGAGGAUGAUAACGGUGAUCUCCAAGAAUAUUGCGUUUGUGGAAAUAAUUUCGACCCGGAGUCGCCCAUCUUCAUGACCAUCUUCAAUGCCACCAUAGACAGUUGUACUGGACUGCUUUGGACCUUGGGAUGGUAUGACGACAUGCCGCACUGCUAUCACACAGGAGAAUUCGAAAAAAUCCAAACGUUCGCGGAUGAGUGCGUGAAAAAGCCCGAGAAUCGUGCGACUGGUGCUCAAUGUUGCCCACCAUACGACGAAGCGAACCCGGACGCGCCCUGUGACCACAAGCUUGGCAAUACCGGGGACGAUCCAGCAGCUAUUCCCUAGUUAGGUGCAUGUACCUCAAAGACGACUGUCGACUUCAACAAGAAUUGUUGAUAUAUCGCCGCUGUACGACUUGUACUCGAGCGACGAGGAGGAAGGGAGGAAGUAAAGGGGUAGGGGGAGCUCCCUUAGCGGAGUACCCCGGCGUAAACACUAGUUAUACGACGG